AUGGAAGAUAACAGCGAAAAAUCUGCUGCAGAUCUAAGCACUGUCAAUAAGGUUAAAAAGCUGGUUGAUGAUCUCGAAGCUGCGACCAAAACCACCUCGAAGGGCAGGGCCUAUAAACAAGUAUUUGAACUGUAUGACUGCGACAAGAAAGUUGUCAGUUGGAAGUUCAACGAGUGGGACUACGGAAGAAACAAUGUGCGAUUGCCCUGUAACGCUCGUGGGUUGUUUAUAUCGGAUGAUGCCCAAAAUCCAGAAAUCAUAGCGAGAGGCUACGAUAAAUUCUUCAAUAUAAACGAGGUACCCAAGACUAAGUGGGAUUGGCUCGAGAAGAAUACAGUCGGUGCAUACGAAAUCACUCUCAAGUCAAACGGCUGUAUCAUUUUGAUAUCUGGACUGGAAGACGGAACUCUCGUGGUCUGCUCCAAGCAUUCUACAGGGCCCAGAAAUGACGUGGAUAGGAAUCAUGCCUCGAGUGGGAGGGCCUACUUGAAAUCUCAGUUGGCUGCUCAAGGAACUGAUGAGAAAAGGCUUGCUUUAAGACUGCAUGAAUUAAAUGUUACCGCGGUUGCUGAAUAUUGCGAUGACUCAUUUGAGGAACAUAUUUUAGAAUAUAAGGGGGAGCAGGCAGGGUUGUAUUUGCAUGGUAUCAACUAUAAUCAAAUUGAUUUUAGGACAUGGCCCAUUGAUAAGGUUACAGAAUUUGCUGUUCAAUACGGGUUCAAGGUAACAGAGCACUCUAAAACACUAGAUAUGGAUUCUCUGAAAAGCUUUCUCGAAAAAUGUUCACGAGAUGCCUGUUACAAGGAUGCAGAGGUGGAAGGCUUUGUCAUUCGUUGUAAGUUGGCGGACAAAGAAACAGAUUUCUUUUUCAAGUACAAGUUUGAGGAGCCUUAUCUAAUGUAUAGACAAUGGAGAGAAGUCACAAAGGACUAUAUCAUGACAAGGUCGCGCAUUUUCAAAUUUAGAAAACACAAAUUUAUCACAAAUAAGUACCUUGAUUUCGUCAUUCCAAUCCUCGAUAACGAUCCGAAGAUAUGUGAAAAUUAUAUGAAAGGAUUUGGCAUUCUAGAACUGAGAAAUAUGUUUUUGGCCAACUACGGAAUGUCCGGAUUCGAAAUAUUAAACUACUCUAGAAUUCAGGAGCUAGAACUAAAGAAUUCUGUUGACUUUGAUAAAGUUGACGAAAAUACUAAAUUUUUGAUCUUUCCUAUUGCAGUUAUCGGUUGUGGUAAGACAACGACAUCUUUAACGUUGAAAAAUUUGUAUAAUGAUUCUUGGGAAGUAGUUCAGAAUGAUGACAUAACUUCCAAGGAUAAGUCAAUGCUGAUGAAGAAAUCGUUGGAAAUCUUAGCGAAACCAGAGAUCAAAUGUGUUUUUGUUGAUCGAAAUAAUCAUCAACUGAGGGAGAGAAAACAAUUGUUUGAUUGGCUGGAUGAGCUGAAAGAGGAUUAUUUGCCGUAUAACAUCAAUAUAAAAGUCAUAGGUCUCUCAUUCUUUCCAUAUGAAGAUAUAGAUAAAGUCAAAGAGUUGACCGUUUCUCGUGUGUUAGCAAGAGGCGAUAACCAUCAAAGCAUUAAAGUCAGCACCUACGGUGAGAAAAAAUCUCUUGGAAUAAUGUAUGGCUUCCUUAACAGAUACCAACCUGUAAAUGAGCAUGAAUCACCCGAUAGCCUCUUCGACAUGAUGAUAAAUCUAAAAAUUCUAGAUGCUGACUCAUCAUUAUUCAAUGCAUCAUAUAUAGUAAAGCAAAUCCACAAGAAGUAUCCAGUAUUAAUUCCAAAACUACCAUCGCAUGAAGAAAUCAAAUCUGCCUUCGAAGAGAGUUUAUUAUACAAACCAACUAUUGUGAAAACCUUCAGUAGCUCUAAUGGAAAAUCAACAACCAAAAAGUUUAAACCAGAAUUUUUUUCUGCUGCUAUUGCUGACAGAACUGCCAUAAUUCAGGAAAUCAAAAAUUUGAGAGAGCAGUACCAGAUGGAUGCUUGUGCGAAAUAUGGCUUAGAUCUUUUGUUUGAAGAAAACAAGUUUCAGAAGGAAUUUCAUAUUACACUAGCCCACGUAAUUCAAGGCAAAAAGGGAUCAGAUUCCGAUAAAGAAAUUUGGAAUGGGUACAUAAAGCGAUAUCAAGAGCUAUACUUUCAAAGUAUCAAAAAAGGAAAUAAAUCAAAACACUUGUCUACUGAAGAAAUUGUGCACUUCAAACUGAAGAAGUUGUGUUGGAAUGAAAAGAUAAUUUCGAUAAUCGUAGAGCUUAUACAAAUAGAGGACUCCAAGACUCCACUGAGCUCAAAAGUUCUCUGCUGCAAUGAGGUUCCGCAUAUAACGAUUGGCAUACUUGACAAUUGUACUAGACCAAGCUUCUCAAAUGAGCUUUGUAAAAAAGUGAAAUAUAUUAAUGUUCAAGGAAAAGAUACCCAUUGUUUAGAUUUUGUUACUACCGCUUCGUUUGAGGCUAAUAUAUGUGUCAACUUAUAA